AUAACAUCCUCCAAAACCCAAAUACUAUAGUGUACUUGUGUGUCUGUUUCCUUAUCUUACAACCUCUUAAUGGAUGAAGAGAUCGAGAUUCCUACGUUCUUUCUUUGCCCCAUCUCUCUAGAGAUCAUGAAAGAUCCGGUGAUAGUCUCUACCGGAAUAACCUACGACAGAGACAGCAUCGAGAAAUGGCUCGUUUCCGCAAAGAAGAACUCGUGUCCGGUCACCAAACAAGACAUAACCGACGUAGAUCUCACCCCUAACCACACUCUUCGCCGUCUGAUCCAAUCUUGGUGUACUUUAAACGCGUCCUACGGUGUAGAGAGGAUCCCCACCCCGAGACCUCCCAUCUCUAAAUCUGAGAUCGAAAAGAUCAUAAAAGAUUCAGCCUCUUCUCAUCAAAACCUAGUCAAGUGUCUCAAAAGACUUCGUCAGAUCGUGUCCGAGAACGCUACCAACAAACGGUGUUUGGAAGCUGCGGGAGUGCCAGGGUUCUUGGCCACUAUCGUAAGCAACAAUGGGCUUGACUCUUCGAGGGACGAAGCUCUCAGCUUACUCUACCAUCUUGAAACUUCGGAGACAGUCCUCAAGAAUCUUUUAAACAACAAGAAAGGUAACGAUAUUGUAAACUCUUUGGUGAAGAUCAUGCAGCAAGGGAUCUACGAGUCAAGAGCCUACGCGACUUUGCUUUUAAAAAACAUUCUUGAAGUAGCGGAUCCAAUGCAGAUCAUGACUUUGAAGCCAACGGUUUUCACUGAGGUCGUCAAGAUCUUGGACGACCGUAUCUCUCACAAGGCCACUAGAGCCGCGAUGCAUAUAUUGGUGAACGUAUGUCCAUGGGGAAGGAACAGACACAAGGCUGUUGAAGCUGGAGCGAUCUUUAUGAUAAUAGAGCUUCUCAUGGACGAGAGCUUCUCAUCAGAUAAGAGAGGUCAAGAGAUGGCCAUGGUGGCUCUUGAUCUGUUGUGUCAGUGUGCGGAGGGACGAGCUGAUUUCUUGAACCAUGGAGCAGCUAUAGCAGUUGUGUGUAAGAAGAUACUUAGGGUUUCUCAGACAGCAAGCGAUAGAGCUGUUAGGGUUUUGUUAUCGGUUGGGAGGUUCUGUGCGACGCCGGCUUUGCUACAAGAGAUGUUACAGUUGGGGGUUGUAGCGAAGUUGUGUCUUGUGCUUCAAGUUAGCUGUGGAAGUAAGACUAAAGAGAAGGCAAAGGAGUUGCUUAAGUUGCACGCUAGAGUUUGGAAGGAGUCGCCUUGUCUCACAAGAAACAUGAUUCUUGCUUAUCCCUCCUGA